CAGAGACAGAAGAAACUCACAGCAGCAGUUGUCAAGAACAGACAGUCAAACAUGCCCGCCAAAGCUCCCAUUAAAAAGUCCCCAGCAAAUGCUGCUGCAGCCAAGCCUGAACCUAGCAAGCCAGAACCGGCACCAGUGGUACCUGAACCUGUCCAAGAAGCCCCAGCUCCUGCCCCAGAGGCCCCAGCUCCUGCCCCAGAAGUCCCUGCUGCUGAGGUCCCUGCCCCAGCCCCUGAGGCCCCUGAGGCUCCUGCCCCAGCUGCAGAAACUCCUGCCCCACUGGCAGAAGUAGAAAAGCCUGUGGAAGCAGCACCCGUUGCACCUCCUGAACCAGAAGCCCCAAAAGAAGAACCACCAAGCACUCCUAGAGAUUUGAUAGUGGAUGAUGUUAACGACACCACCCUAGCACUAAAAUGGAAGGUUCCAGAGAAAGAAGGAACCUCUGCUGUAGAUGGAUACCUGUUGGAAUACAAAAAGGAAGGCAGUGAGGAAUGGAUAAGUGUGAACAAAGAACCCAGUGUCUCCACUCGCUACAAAAUUACAGACCUGACUACCGGUGAAAAGAUACUGCCUCGUGUUACAGCAAGUAGCAAAGCUGGAGUGAGUCCCCCUGUCCAGUUGGAAAACUUUGUUCAGAUUCGUGAAAUUGUUGAUCGUCCAAAAAUUCGUCUUCCAAGAUACCUGCGCCAAGUAUUUAUUAAGCAUGUUGGAGACACAGUGAAUCUUGUGAUUCCAUUUCAGGGAAAACCAAGACCACAGGCAAUUUGGACUAAAGAUGGACAACCAUUGGAUCCCAAGCAUGCUAGUGUCAGAACUAGUGACAGUGACACAAUUCUCUUCAUCAGAAAAUCUGAGAGGAAGGAUUCUGGAAUAUAUGAAUUGACCAUAAAAAUCGACACUUUGGAAGACAAAGCCAAAAUCGAAAUAAAAAUUGCUGAACGACCUGGUCCUCCAAAGAGCAUUAAAUUGCUAGACGUAUGGGGAUUUAAUGCAGCACUUGAAUGGACUCCACCAGUUGAUGAUGGUAAUGCGGAGGUAACAGGUUAUACUGUUCAGAAAGCAGAUAAGAAGACCGGGGAAUGGUUUACUGUUCAUGAACAUCACCACCAAACUAACUGUACUAUAUCUGACUUGAUAAUUGGUAAUUCCUAUUAUUUCCGCGUGUUCUCUGAAAACCUGUGUGGAUUAAGUGAGAAAGCUGCUGUGACUAAAGAUUUUGCCGUCAUUAAGAAACAAGGAUCUACUUACACCCCCCCAGAAUAUAAAGAACGGGAAUUUACCGAAGCCCCCAAAUUUACUCAAGCUCUUAAUGAUAGAACAACCACCCAUGGAUACAGUACUAAACUAUACUGUUGUGUGCGUGGCAGUCCUAAGCCAAAAAUUGUGUGGAUGAAAAAUCAAAUGAUAAUUGGAGAAGACCCUAAAUAUAGAAGUCUUGUUAACCACGGAGUCUGUACACUUGAAAUCCGCAAGCCUGGGGCUUUUGAUGGUGGUGUGUACACCUGCAAAGCCAUUAAUUCUCUAGGAGAAGCAGCUGUAGACUGCAGACUUGAUAUUAGAGCUCCACAAUAAAAUUCACGUCAAUCUAAUAAUGAAGAUCAUUGUUUGCAUUUCCUGAUACCUUGAAAUAAAGAAAUAUAUUCAGUUAAAUAAGUAUUCAUUUAACAACCAUCUCAGUGUCUUGUGGUAAUCUAUAAUUGGAGGCUUGCUUGUUGUGUCAAAAAUUUCUAAUGACAGCUGAACAUAAAUGCCAUUGUUAAUGUACUGUCACCUCCAUAUGCACAGUGAACAUUGUCAUAAAGUCCAUCAUCAAAAGCUCUAUGUGUCUGGCAUAAGGACGGAAUUCCUCUAUGGACUCAAAAGGUCAGAAUGUAUAAGGGAAGCACAACUACUCAAAUCAUUUCUUCACUGGAGGUCAAGAAGUACAAGAAAGCAGAAAUGUGUGCCCUAUGGGUACAGAUCUCUGUUGCAUGGGUACUUCUUUUUUUUGGAGGGGGGUGAAGGUAUGGCAGUUGGGAAAAAAAACUAAUAGGAAAGAGAGGUAAAAUUACAAGAGGGCAGAAGAGGUAUGGAAAGGGAAGAACAUGUUAUGGGGAGAAAGUGCGUGUGGGUGGCUGGAUGUCAAUCUAAGGGCCACACAUAAAGAUAUAGUUUGAUCAGAACACCUGGGUAAGCAUUUAAAAUCAUCUCAGCGUGUUUGUAUUAGUACACACUUUAAAUAUACAGUAUAAUAAUGCUGAGUGCAAAAAUUUGUCCGAUUCUCAAAUGACAAUUCAUGUCAGCAAAGAAAACAAAAAAACUAAUUAUAUAUUUAUUAAACAAUAUCUUGUGUUAAUUUAACCCACGCAGCACUCAUAAUUUCUAUCACUUGUAGUUUCUUGUUUAUGUCAGAAAUUGGGAUGAUCAGAUGCACCAGUAGUGUUACAUAGUAAUCUACUUCCAUCUGGUCAUAGUCACAAAACACGAUAUAAACAACUCAUGUAUUUCAAUAUGCUGUCUAAUAAAGAGUACGAUUGGCACUAAACAAAUAA